UUGUACGAGAAAUUAAUACAUGUAGCCGUUCUAGGAACCAGACCAGUUCGGCGUCUUUUUUCUCGUGGUUUCUGCGUGUAUUUGUGUGAAUAUUUGGUUAUGGAGAUUUUUUUUGGCAUCGUAGUUUGUGUGAUUAAAAGCACGAUUUUAAAAUAUGGGGUAGAUUGGUUAUAAAUAUGAGCAAAAAAGACCUAAUUUUCUCAAUCAGUAAUGAAAAUAGUCUGAUCCCUUGACCAUGAACGCAUCAUUUGACUGCAAAAACACCCGUAGCCGGCCGUACUACAUGUAUUUUUCCAUCAGACAUGUCAGAGAAAAGUCUGUUCUUGUGUGCACAGUUACAGCACAGUUUAUACUUUUCCCAUGAGUUGAACAUGUUGAAUAUGUGAAAUGAAACUUGUGUUUGCCUUGUGAACAAAAAGUCUUCCCUUCGCGUAUGUGGAAACUGAGAAAACUGACGGGUGCGACAAAUGAUUAUGUGCGCUCUUUGAAAAUCGGCCUGGGGUCAUUGCACGCGGGCUUAUCGUACGCCUUACGAUCUGAAGGAAGUAAACCCUGCAAAAUGAACUUGGAGAAGAUGGAAGAGGUGUAUCGUAAGUGGGAGGCCAGAGCAAAUCCUGCUCAGCAGAACUCACAGACACGGAUGGUAUGGACGCCAGCCGAGGCAGGGGGCAUGCCCAUCAGCAAACAGCGACGAAACGACAAAUUCAGGGAAGAUCCACCUCCAGAAAGACGGAGACGACGCUCAGGGAAACUGUCGCAUCCGCCAUCACUGGAUCUGGUUCCAGAGUUGGCGCGGUUCAAGUAUACACCGCCAGCAUUCUACGACAUGACUGGAGGGCAGCGACCAUUCAUGGGCAGAUGCUGCGCAAACUGCACCAGUGGAAGCAGGGAGAUGUUGUUCACCUCCGAUAUCCCUGGCAUGGGCUUCCGGAAUGUCUUAAAAUUCAACAAACCAAGAGGAGGCAUAAUUGCGAGGUACUUCCCUCAGAUCUAUCUAGCGUAUUCUGAAGGAGUCAACUACAGUUAUCCUUCAGCUGGUGAGCUGGCUAAGGAAGUCCUUGGAAGCAGGAGAGUGCAUGCAGCAAUUCACAAAGGUGCAAUAUCAGAUUCAGAAGGCAGAGCAAAGGAGGAGUUUGAAUACAACAAAGCAUUGCAGGGACAUGCCCGUAGGGCGGGCCAAGUCCUGGGAAACAUGGCCGCAUCCACGUCAAAUGUGGUCUUGAGAAUAACAGGCUGGGUGCUCCUGAAAGUUCUGGGGAUGAUUCUCUUCUGUGUGAACGUCCACCAAGGACAGAUAGAGAUGCUGAAACGUGCCGCUAAGGAGGGGGUACCCCUGGUGAUCAUGCCAACCCACAGGAGUCAUCUGGAUUACGUCCUCAUGUCAUUCAUCUUGUACAUCUACGGCAUCCGGGUGCCGUUUGUGGCAGCGGGAGACAAUCUCAACAUCCCUGUCUUUGGAUGGGUGAUGAGAAAGCUGGGAGCGUACUUCAUCAAGAGGAAAUUGGAUAAAGAAGUUGGCAAGAAAGAUCAUGUCUACCGGGCACUCUUGCACACGUAUAUGGAGGAAGUCUUACGGACUAAUCAGAACAUGGAAUUCUUCAUCGAGGGAGGAAGGUCACGAAGUGGCAAAGCCCUCGCCCCCAAAGGAGGCCUGCUGUCUGUGAUUGUUGACGCUUACUAUGAUGGGAUCAUCUCAGAUGCAUUUUUGGUUCCUGCCUCCGUGGGUUAUGACAAAAUUCUGGAUGGAGACUUUACAAACGAGCAAAUGGGACGACUAAAGAAAAAAGAGACCUUUAUUGGCGCACUGAAAGGGAUCUGGGGUGUCUUUACCUCCAAAUUCGGCCAAGUCAGGGUGGACUUUGCAGAACCAUUUUCACUGAAGGAGUACCUAGACUCUGCCCAGAUGCCGUCCCCACUCACCAGUGAACUGUCCUCCCACGGCAUCCACCGGCCUCACCCCCAUCCAGUCUUGAAGAAGACGGUCAGUGACCACUCCCUGUACGGCACCGACGUGGUGGUGGAGGACCAGAGGCAGCUUGUCAGGGGUCUCGGGGAACAUAUUGUCUACGAUGCAGUGAGAGUCAACAGUAUUAUGAGUACCAACCUGGUGUCAUUUCUCCUGAUGACAAAGCACAGACAAGGUGUGGAGUUCAGUAAACUCGUGGAAGAUGCCGAAUGGAUGAAAGGCGAGAUCACAGCCAGGGGUCGCGACGUUGGCUUCUCUGGCGAGAUGCGAGCGGUAGUCAAGCACGCUCUGGCCCUUAUGGGACGAAACCUGGUCAAUACGCAGUCUCGACAGCAGCGGCCGGACGUGGUCAACGAAACAGAGAGCCAAGAUGCCAAAAAGACGAGGGUUACGGAGAAGGCAAAGGAGGGGGCGGAGAAAGAGGGAGAAAAACAAGCAGGAAGAGACCAGAUGGUGGUGCCCAACAUGGCCCUACCAGAGGUCUUUGUGCUGAGUUACUACAGCAACACGGUCAUCUCGGUCUUCCUGCUAGAGUCAGUUCUUGCCAAUGCAGUGAUAGCUGUAGCCAAUCAGGAGAUGCAUACUUUAAACCCUGGACAGCAGAACAAAGUCACUCUGUCCAAAGACAGAGUCCUGCAAAAGGCAACGGAGCUGUGUGACCUGCUUCAAUUUGAGUUCAUCUUUGUACCGCCCUGUGGGUGUCUGUACACAGCCCUUUCUGAUGCUCUGGACAAGUUGAUAAUCAGCGAGAUCAUCCAGUCAGAGCAGGAUGUCAGUGAUGGCUGUAGCAGUCAGGACAGCAGGUGGGCACGGCGUGUGGCGUCAUCCUCUGCCUGGGGCAUUGAUGAUGACAAGGACGACGAGGACUUUGGCAUAUGCACCAAGGAGGAGCAGAUCACGGUCAACUCCUCCCCUGAACUGCUGCAGAAGCUGUUCUUUUUCCAGAGUGUCCUUGGCCCCCUGAUUGAAGGCUAUUGGCUGACUGCAUGUAAUCUAGUCCGCCUGCUGGAUCGGGAUCUGCCAGAGUCUGAGUUUUCCAGCCUGGUCAGUGAUUAUUCUCAGGAUCGAGUGGCCAAAGGCCUUGCCAUUUAUACUGAGAGUUGUGCCAUGGACACACUCCGCAACGCCUGGCGUCUCUUCCAGCACUGGAAAGUCAUCGACUCGUACCAAGAUGCUGAAAAGAUCAAGCUGGUGCAUCUUAAGGAGCCGUUCCGCAACGAGCAGAAACUUGGAGAUUUCAUUGAUAAGAUUGAGGCCUUCCGCACAUGAGAUUGACCAAUCGGAUCAGAUCGGGGUUGGGGGGGGGGAGGGGAUUUGAAAUGAGGAUUUCGGCACAGCAUUACUUACUGCACAUGUGACACAAUUUCUUGAUUCUGAUUGUUUGACUGUUCAAGACACUUCAAGUAUCAGUGAUGUCACAGAGACGUUCCUUCAUUCAUUGUUCAUCCUGUUACUUGUUACCAGCCUGAUGUAUGAACUUGUGAUGUACUUGUGACUGGACUUGUGAUUAAUUUGUGAUGGACUCCCUUACAACACUGCCAUGGAUUGGAUCGGAAUGGGCCAGCAGCGCAGCAAUAAGGAAGUCUUCUGUUAAGAUUCAGUAAUGGGGGUCAUUGCAAACAUGGUGAACCAAAAAUUCAGGAAUUUUGGAGUGACGAAACAUUCAGUUUUAAUAGAAAAUACUUCUGCCCACCUUUGAGUUUGACAGAUUGAGAGGCAUUUUAGUUGUAUGAUACAAAGUUGGGUGCUUGUUGAUUGUCUUACGUCACUGGUUUUGUUGGUUUUUGCACACAAAAACAUUGGCUGAAAAUGCAACUUGUGUUUGGAUUCUCUUUUUUUUUUUGAAACUCUUUGUUAAAUUUCUUUUUCACUUCAAGUUUUGUGCAUAAAUGUAUAUCAAGUUGCUAAAGAGAUUAUGCAACACUAAAUGUGAUUGUGUGUUACUUUUUAUUUUUUUCUAUGGAAGUCAUGUGUCACAGUGUGUUGUAUUUUUUUCAGCUUUGUUCAGGCAACAAAAAUGCCUGAAAUAAGUUGCAUAUGGAGUUGAAUGGACCAUUCUUGCCUGUCAAUCAAGAAGUGAACUUUGACCUAUAAGGUCACAAAUUCUGACAAGGUGAUUGACAACAGUAACGCAGUCAGACUGGGCAAAGGCAACUCAGGAUACCAGACAUUCCUCAGAUCCACACUGCACUGGGCUGUAUUGCAGAGAGAUGGUUGAUUCUUUGUAAUAAAUACUAAUUGGUUUUUUAUUUUUUAGUAGAAAGAAUUACUGAGAAAUCAAAAAGAAACUGAAAAAAAAGAUGAAAAAAAGAAAUCUGAAAUGACGGUGUUCUAAAUAAUUAGAAAGUGGCUUGAAAUUUGAUAGUUAAAAAGAGACAGUUGCAAUUUCACUUGAGUUUAUAGGGUUCUUUUUUUGGGGGGAGGGGGUUGUUUCUGCUUGGGUUUUCUGUAAGUCAAGCAACAUUGUGGAAUGAUGAAGUAUUUUGUGUCAGGUUUCGAAGGAAUUAAGAAAUGUUUUGAAUAUUAAUAGAUACUAAUGAAUAAUUCAAUAGGACAUGACUGUGCGCACCAUUUUGCUGUUUUGUCAUGAUUUAUUCUUGAAAUAGAUUUGAUACAUGUACAUGUGUAUGUACUUAAAAGUUAUAAUUCAGUCAUUUUUUUUUUAUUCAAGAAUAAUAUCCUUUGGACACAUAAGUCGAAGUCCUAUUUGAAGUUAGAAUGAGUAAAAAUGAAAAUGAGCUUAUCCACAGUCACAAUCACAAUAGUUGUACCCUCACUAAAACACAGUUUUGUAUUUAACAGUAUUGUGUGACUGUUGCGAGAAAUAUGUAUAUUUGUACAGACAAGUAGACAAGUGUUGGAGAUUGGAAUGCAAACGGAGUGAAUGUUGUAAACUGCACUAUUUUAUUAUUGUAAAUGAUUAAAAUAGUGGUUCCGAAGAAAAAAAAAAAAAACCGGGAAAACAAACUGGUUGAUAAAAUGUACACCAGCGAGACUUGAUUGGAAGAAUGCGAAUACUUUGUUUUGAAGUGUAGUACCCAGACUUGACGUGUGUUAUUGUAAUGUGAAGUGUAUUAUUAAGAAUUGAUGCCUUGUUAUAACAAGACUAUUGCAGUGCACUGAAUGCAAACAAAUAGUGUAAAAAGACCUGUAAAAAAAAUGUGAUGACAUAACAUGGUUCUGGGUUAAAAACCCAAGGCAACACAAAAAUGCAAAACAAAUGAUGUAUUUUCUGUUUCUAUAUUUUGUAUUUGUGGUCAUACAAAAAUGAGCCUCUAAAAUGACACAGGUUUUGUUUAAGUUUCAGCCACAGAAACACGUUCAAAAAACGUUCAGUAUGUAUUAAAGUUGAUUAUUUAAACCCAUACAUCGAUUGUUUCACAACAUCAAGAACAUUUAAAGACUACCAGAUUUUGGUUUGUGUAGAAGAGUUUUUUUUGGGGUAGCCUCACCAUAUUAGUAAAGAUUGCACAUUUUUGUCAUUAACUUUUCUGAUUUUUAUAUCAAAUUUCUGCGAUUGAUUUGUACUUUUGUUGUUUCAGUUGUUGUACAGGUUACAUAUAAUUGAGUGAUAAACUACUAAUCAGUGCAGUUACCAAAAAGGAUGAAAACCAGUUUCAUAUGACUGAUAUUGCUCAUUAAACAUUUUUCUUCAAUCUUUGAAGCUUGGAAUCGUUUUGCAUAAAAGUACAACGCCUCUUUUAAAGCAAGUUUUGACAAAUGUGCUGUUGAUUAUCACUCGAUUUGAAAUUCUCAAUUUGUUGCCUGUCCAUAUUUGGUUUACUGGGAAAUAUUUAACAAUAAUAGUUUGGUUUUCUUCACACUCACAGAUCCAUGCAAACAGACAAUUUUUAAAUCUAAGGCUCAUUUUUUAUUUGAGGAGGAAGAUUGUUCUAUUAUUUCACUGCCGAGUCGGUAAGAGAUCAAGCUGUAUGCGUCAUAUGCACGUUCAGGCAUGUCAGACUUUUGUUCAUGCAUGUUGGAUAUUAGUACGACUGUGAUUGGGCUUAAUGGAUUGGUCUAAUCUUUUAUAAGCAGUAUUAUUUGUUUUUAUUAUUUAAUUGUGGUCAGUCCUGUCCCCACCUUAUGGAGCUACUAAGAAUAUGUGCUUAACACCCAAUUUAUGGUCGGUAAAAUCGGUUACCAGCCAUAAAGGUAUAUGUGAUAUAUGAUGGUUAGCUGGUUCACAACUGAUUUAUGUUUACUGUUUUUUGUGCUUAUCAGAUCUGAGCAUGACCGAGCUCAGUGUAAACUUUUACUGUAAGUAAUGGGUACAAAGUAUUGAGAAAAUUCAAUACGAUUACUCUAUUUAGUGAUUAAAAACUACAUGGACAGUUAAAGACGAAAAGAAA